GUGGCGGUGAUAUCUAUUCAUCACUGCUUUGUAUUUUACAAGGAAAUCCAAUGAGAAUUUCCUCAUUAUUCAUUAUUAGGAUUCAGGUUUACAAGUAGUGAGGAAUUUAUUUAAACAUUUUUUAAAUUACAUCAUUUCUUUUGCAGGAAACAGUCCUAUUUGUAACACAAGAACAAGCAGUCAUUUUUGUGUUCUGGGAGAGAAGACAUUUCAGAACACUUCUUCAGUUGUUCACGCCAGCCUCACGUAUAGCACUGUUUUUAAACAUAAUUUGAAAUUCACAUGUUGGUUUAAUACAGACACAAUGCAAACACACACACACACACACACACACUCCUAACAUGCGCGAGGGCUGACUUCAGAAACAGCAGAAAUGCUUUCACGUUUGCGUGCAGAAACGGCACACCCACAGAGCUGAAAGCUAAUGCAACGUAACACAGACCAUGCAGAAAAUGCACCCCAGGCACACACAAGACCAGCAGACAUGGCAGGGAUGGAUGUGGUUUGCAUUUGGUGUAUGAACUGAGGCUCAUGUUCUCCUGAAGUUACUGCUCACGUUAAUGAAUCAGAGAUUGCAGAAAAGAGACACGUUGUUUGGGAAGACACUUCGUUACGGGAUCAGGUAUUGCUUACUCAUUCCUUAACUGCACAGGGAGGGGGAGGUGACCUGUUCUGGGUCGUGUGUGCACACACACGUGUGUAUGUGUGUGUGGUCCUGAGACUCUGCUAAGGCAGUCAUGUUGCAAAGGCCUUUUAAGGAGGUGCUAUGCUGGGUAAUGCAAACCAACCCCAAGCAGACUCAGAUUCACUUUUGCUUGAAAUCUGGUACAGUAAACUGAAGGUUUUAAUCAGAUCUUCGGUGAGUUCCUCAGAGUUUCCGCCUGUGUUGCCAAAUGUGAUCAUACUACCAAACCCACGGGAGAACAAAACUACUUAAUUAGAGUAGCAGGAUUCUCUGUAACUAACUGAGCAGGCUAAGGCCUUCUGUUUUUUAAAUGCUUUUGUUUUGAAUUAUGAUUUUAAAAAUUGUACUACCCUCUGUUUUUUUUUAAAAUUUGAUUGGAAAAGAGUCAUUUAUCCGCCAUUUGGGUUCAAAGUGUUUUACAAUAGUCAUAUACAUAGAUUUGUGCUGCACAGAUAGAUGGAUAUGAAUUCUGAGGUGUACAGUUGGGUAUGGAGGUGUACAGUUAUGACCAGUAAGCUAUGACACUGAAUCCAGUCAAGAGAUUUUUCCUCUUACAAUAAACUUUUUCAAUGCCAUUGAAGUCAAUGCAUUGACAAACACCCCAAGUGACGUUUACAUUCGGAAACAAAAUGAAUAAACAACGCGGGGCUCAGCAUAUAUAUAUAUAUAUACGCUAAUAAACACGCUAAUAAAACCAAAUUACAGGCUGGUUUCCACCCUUGCACAGACGACAGAUUGUUUUGACGCUUCUACACAUUCUUAGAGGGGGAUGGGAGGGAACAUUUUUGUUUUUUUUACCCCCUUUUCUCAGGAAUCCCUCCUCCCCCCACCAAAAACGCUCCGACGUUUGCAGGACAGCGAUAUGCCCAUAACGGAAUCCUAACUGGUACGCUCGCGUAGUGAAAGUCCUGGAAAUCUAUCGCGAGCUGAGCUUUGCUGCAGACGGGGCACGGGGAAGCGCUCGAGGGGUCGGCGCGAGCAGACCGAGGAUCAGGUUACAGAGUCGCAGACUUUUCCACACAACUUUUUUUUUUGCAGCAUCUGAAAAGUGGGGGAUGGUGAAGACAUCAUGUAGCUACAUUUGCUUCCUUGGGAAGGUUUAGGAGGAAAGGAGCUCCGAGUCCGCGCUAAACGGCUUUGCAGUCGUGGGAAUAACAAAGAUGAACACAUUACAGCCCAGGCGGACGAAGGAAGUAUGAGAAAACUUUAGGACAGCGCGGAAAGACGGUUGUGUGGUCGAGAAUCUAACGAACAGUCAUGCUUUUGUAUUUGCUCUCGGAAAUACUUUCGCUCGUGAGGUACGGGACGGAUCCGUUUUUCUCCCGCGAGUAAAACGCUUUUGGAUCUCCAAAAUGUCCUCCAGGCGCCUCCACUCCAUUGUUGGAGGUCUUGGGCUACUUGGCGUCUGGGCUGCCACCUUGCUGGGAACCCAGGCGUUUGUGCUGCAGAAAAACGAAACCACAUUCAACGAUUUUUGUAAGAAAACCUCGACCUGUGAAAUGCUUAAGUCCAAUACGUGCCUCGGUUCGCCUUUGCCGUACACGCACACGUCUCUGGUCCUAGCAGAGGACUCCGAAACCCAAGAAGAAGCUUUCGAGAAGUUGGCCAUGUGGUCUGGUUUGAGGAACGCUCCUCGCUGCUGGGCCGUCAUUCAACCUCUACUCUGCGCUGUUUACAUGCCCAAGUGUGAGAACGGUAAAGUGGAGCUCCCCAGCCAGUUACUGUGUCAGUCCACUCGUAAGCCCUGCAGCAUAGUGGAGCAGGAGCGGGGCUGGCCCAGCUUCCUCAAGUGUGAGCACAAGGACAAGUUCCCUGUCGGUUGCCAGAAUGAGGUGCAGAAGAUCAGAUUCAACAUCUCCGGCCAAUGUGAGGCUCCCCUGGUCAAAACAGACAUCCAGGCCAGCUGGUACAAGGAUGUAGAGGGCUGUGGUAUUCAGUGUGACAACCCCCUCUUCACCGAGGAGGAGCACUCGGACAUGCAUGCUUACAUCGCUAUCUUUGGAUCUCUCACUCUUCUCUGCACUUUCUUUACGCUGGCUACGUUCCUUGCGGAUUGGAAGAAUUCCAACCGUUAUCCCGCUGUCAUCCUCUUCUACGUCAACGCCUGCUUCUUUGUAGGGAGCAUCGGAUGGCUCGCUCAGUUCAUGGACGGGGCCCGCGAGGAGAUUGUGUGCAAAAGUGAUAAAACCAUGCGGCUCGGGGAACCCUCGUCCACGGAGACGCUUUCCUGCGUUAUCAUCUUUAUCAUCGUGUACUACUCCCUGAUGUCAGGUGUCAUCUGGUUCGUUAUGCUCACCUAUGCUUGGCACGCGUCUUUCAAAGCCCUGGGCACCACGCAACAACCUCUGUCUGGAAAAACCUCCUACUUCCACCUGGUCACGUGGUCUGUUCCCUUUGUCCUCACCGUGGCUAUCCUGGCCAUCGCCGAGGUGGACGGAGACUCUGUCAGUGGGAUCUGCUUUGUCGGGUACAAGAACUACAGAUAUCGUGCAGGCUUCGUGCUGGCUCCUAUCGGCGUGGUCCUCGUUAUCGGUGGCAAUUUUCUCAUUAGAGGUGUCAUGACGUUGUUCUCCAUCAAGAGUAACCAUCCCGGACUGCUGAGCGAAAAGGCAGCGAGCAAGAUCAACGAGACCAUGCUGAGACUUGGCAUAUUUGGCUUCCUGGCCUUUGGGUUUGUUUUCAUCACUUUUGGGUGCCAUUUCUAUGACUUCUUCAACCAAGCAGAAUGGGAAAGGAGCUUCAGGGAAUACGUGCUGUGUGAAGCUAACGUGACUAUAGCUCAUCAGACCAACAAGCCGAUCCCGGAAUGUGCCAUCAAGAACCGGCCCAGUCUUCUGGUGGAGAAGAUCAACCUUUUCUCCAUGUUUGGCACUGGCAUCGCCAUGAGUACUUGGGUGUGGACCAAAGCCACUAUCCUCAUCUGGAGACGCACCUGGUGCAGGAUCAUUGGACGCAGUGAUGACGAACCGAAGCGUAUCAAAAAGAGCAAGAUGAUAGCAAAAGCAUUUGCAAAGCGGAAAGAACUCCAGAAGGACCCUGAGAAAGAGUUGUCAUUCAGCAUGCACUCAGUCUCCCAUGAGGGACCUGUGGCAGGUAUUAACUUUGAGCUGAACGAGCCGUCCGCGGAAAUGUCCUCCGCAUGGGCCCAGCACGUCACCAAGAUGGUAGCCAGAAGAGGUGCCAUCUUACCUCAGGAUAUCUCGGUCUCUCUGACCGGGACACCUGUUCCCCCGCCGGAAGAGAGAAACAAACUGUGGAUGGUCGAAGCCGAGAUCUCGCCUGAGAUGAUGAAGAGAAAGAAGAAAAAGAAGAAGAGAAAGAAGGAGGCACGGUCGGCAGCUGCCGCAGAAGACGGCAUGAAUCCCGCCCCCCGCCGCAGGGAGUUCGGUCCCAGCGCCGUGCCCCGCCUCCCCAAGUUACCAGGGCAACGCAGGCUCGUGGCUAACCUGUGGGCACAGCAGCAACAGGAGGAGAACAUCCUCCCGGGGUCCUUCCCAGAAUUCCGACCUUCCUGUCCCAUUCCAUACCAGGAGAGAUAUGGAAUGCUGGGAUCACUCUCUUCCGGCCAGCGGUGCAGGGAGCCCGGCUUCAACCUUGCCAGCCCUCUGACGCUAAGCGAUAGCCAUCGCGAGGACCGAGGCCAGUUCUUGGCGCCUUCCUGGACGGCUAAUGGAGCAUUUCGUCAUUCUGUGAAGGAGAUGCUCUCGCCACCAGGGGGUGCCAGGACAACCCUGUCACCUCGUUCGGACGGCAGGAGGGCCAUGAUUGUACCAAUCCACUCCAGGACCAACCUCAUAGAGGCGGAGCUGAUGGAAGCUGACUCCGAUUUUUGACCUUCUUGACACGUGAGCGCUGUGCUCUUCCGUAGCAAGACUUGUCCAGAAGUUCCAGAUGCACUGCGCAACCAUCUCCCUGUUUCAAGGAAGGUUUAGCAGUACCAGCUAUUUUUGAACAGAAGAAUGGAAAGCCAACACAUGAGGCCACUGGAUGGCGCCCUUGAGAGAGAUUUCUGCACCAAGAGAAAUUCCUGGUACAUCUGGUGCUUGGCAAAUAAAGAUUCUGAUUUUGAAUCACAUGCAUUUGGCCUGCAUCACAGUCCUGUUAUACACAAAACCUUUGUCAAGUGUUAUUUAAUGGACCACAUCUCUCUCUUAUACUUUGCUGUAGUUUAUCAGUUUUAGUGAGAUGCUGCACUGGUUGAAACAAACAAGACUAGUGAAUUUAGUGGUUUUGCUUUAGCUGCAUGGUAUGCUGUGUUUUAUUGGACCCGCGUCCUUCAGUUGUGUACUUGCGUUAAGGAACCGACAAGCAUUAGUACUUUGUUAGAAAGCGAGAGUUUAUUCCUAACUUUUAUCACUUUUAUAUUAAGUUGCCUGGUGCAAUGACAACCAAGUUCACCUUUUUCAUUGUAGCUGUAGGCUACGUGAAUGUAGGGUCAUUGUCAUAUGAACUGACACUCUGGAACCUGAAAAUUCUAAUAACAGACUGUUCAUGUGCCUUGUUUCCAUUUAAAGUGAUUUCUGUACAGUUUUAUCAAAGUGUUAUUUUUGUAUCUUAGUAUAUAGUUGUUUGUUUUCCUCACCAUUUUGUACUGUAUUGUACAUAUUUUAAUGUCACCUUGUUUUUAGUUCAUUUUGCCCAGUUGACAUUUUGGUUUUCUUAGGAUGAUGUAUUUUGUAAUAUAGAGGUGUGCUUUUUAACAGGUUUUGUUGGUAUGUUUUCUGGUAACCUUCGUAACCGCACAGUCUAGCCUGUUGUAGUGUGAGUAGAGAAACUCUUCUGCAAGAUCACACGUAUGAUCAGCACUGAUUAACUCUACCAUAACCUUCUUUGAUCAGUAACACAUAGAAAAUGUCCAUAUUGUGACAGAACAUUUAUAGCUACAAAUAUCUUGUGACUUCUGUCCAAAUAUCUAUAAGAGAAACUUCCACAGCUGUUCCUGAUGUGUUGGCAGGGUAUUUAUAGUUUUUGGAAUAGCAUGGUUUGUGGGGGGAAAAAAAGAAUAUUAGUAUAGAAAGAUCUGACAAUUAUGUUAAGUCUUAAGUCUACAAAAAUGAUCAGCUAAAGGUGAAGAUUUUGCCUCUGUUGGGCUCAUGAUCAAGUUGGUCAGAAUUUGGAGCUGUAAGAACGGCAUGCGAUGGAUCAUGUUUAAAACUUCACUCUGGUUGUGUGGCUUCUGUAUCCAAAGUGUUAAUCUCAUAAUCUCCACCAUACAUGCGGGAAAUACACGGAGGGAUAUUGCUGUAUAUGGCACACUCUACUGGUUAGGAUUUACACGACGCUGUGACUCUUAAUCUUCACUUUAUCAGUGAUUUGAUCUAAAAUACUUUAAAAGAGUCCGUCAUUUUUUUCAUUGCUUCUUACAAUAAACGCCUAUUUGACAUGA